UGUCGCGUUUCUCCUCUGUCGACGAGCUAGAUUGUUGUCGACGCACUCUCUCGCUCGCUUUCUCUCUCGACGGAUUGUCGUGUUUGGAAGUUGCUCGCAAGAACUCAAACUAGAUCAAGAUGGCUGGAAGGGACAGGGCAACGAACCAAAUGAAAGAAUGGUCUGAAGCAAAACAGGCCAGAGAGCAGCUGACGACAGGAGUGGGUGCGCCCGUCGGGGACAAGCUAUGCAUCGAGACGGUGGGGCCGCGCGGGCCGCUCGUCAUGCAGGACUUUGUCUUCCAGGACGAGAUGGCGCACUUCAACCGCGAGAGGAUCCCCGAGAGAGUCGUGCACGCGAAGGGGGCAGGUGCCUUCGGCUACUUCGAGGUGACGCAUGACAUCACGCAGUACUGCAAGGCAAAGAUCUUUGAGCACGUCGGCAAGCGUACGCCGAUGGCAGUGCGUUUUUCCACCGUCGGCGGGGAGAAGGGAUCGGCCGACACGGCGCGCGACCCACGCGGCUUCGCGCUCAAGUUCUACACGGAGGAGGGCAACUGGGACCUUGUCGGCAACAACACUCCCGUCUUCUUCAUUCGCGACCCGAUCUUCUUUCCCAACUUCAUCCACACGCAGAAGCGAAAUCCUGUCACUAACCUAAAAGACCCGGACAUGUUCUGGGACUUCCUGACGCUGCGUCCCGAGUCGAUGCACCAGGUGUCGUUCCUGUUCUCGGACCGCGGCACGCCGGACGGCUUCCGACACAUGAACGGCUAUGGCAGCCACACGUUCAAGCUCGUGAACGCGAACGAUGAUGCAGUCUACUGCAAGUUCCAUUACAAGACCAACCAGGGGAUCAAGAACCUGACUGACGCCCAGGCAGCCGAGUUGUCAAUGAACGACCCCGACUACGCCACGCGUGACCUCUACAACGCCAUCGAAGACGGCAGUUUCCCCUCGUACACGUUCUACAUCCAGGUCAUGACCUUUGAACAGGCGUCGACGUGGAAGUGGAAUCCGUUUGACCUCACCAAGGUUUGGCCACACGCUGACUUCCCUCUGAAGCCGUUUGGCCGCAUUGUUUUCAACCGCAAUCCCAAGAACUACUUUGCUGAGGUGGAGCAGAUUGCCUUCUCACCUGCACACAUGGUUCCAGGCAUCGAGGCCAGUCCGGACAAGAUGCUGCAGGGCCGCCUCUAUUCCUACUCGGACACGCACCGACACCGCCUGGGCAGCAACUACCUGCAGCUGCCCGUCAACAGCUCCUACCGCUCCCACGUGCGCAACUACCAGCGCGACGGCCCACAAUGCCUCGACGACAACCAGGAGGGUGCACCCAACUACUUCCCCAAUAGUUUCCAGGGACCAGAUCACGAUCACAAGUACCUGGCGCAUACCGUCCACUACAGCGGUGACUGUAAGAGGUACAGAACUGAUGAUGACGAUAACAGCACGCAGGUUGGAAACUUCUGGCGCAAAGUGCUGACCGAGGACGGCCGGAAGCAUCUCAUCAGCAACAUGGCGGGACACUUGAAGAACGCGCAGGAGUUCAUACAGAAGCGCGCCGUCGCAAACUACAGCAAGUGCGACCCGGAAUACGGCAGACGCCUUGAGGAGGCGCUCACCAAACACAGACAGGAGAACGCAGUCGACGAGUCUAUUUUCAACGAAAAACUGUAGAUUGUGGGAAAACGUAUGAGCAACCUUUAAACGGAGUGGAGAAAUAGAAGAGGAAAUUUGAAGAAAAAAAACUGGAAAAGGUAACCUGAAGAAACCCUAUUGCAGGAUAUACCACCGAUAUACCAACCCACAUAUAACUUAUCAACCUCCAGUCCCCAUGCUACAAAUCAAGUUAUUAUUAGUUUACUGGUAAAAUUAUAUAUGUAUACAUAUAUGUGUUUUAAAGUGUCUGGAAAAAUUCUGUUAUAAUAAACAUUUAAAUUGAUAUUUGGUCCAUAUAUUUUCAAUGCCGUAUAUGUGGGCGUGGUCAUAAUAGUUUGAGUGUGGGAAUUGAAAAAUAGUGGAGUAAUUACGAUUUUAUAACAGUAUGACAUGAAUGAGUUACCACGGUGUAUAUCAUAAUCUAUAAUGUCAAUUUGUCGUGAACUGUAUAUUAAGAUAGCAGACGUUUUAAUCAGUAUUCUUUGCAUUCAUGCAAACCUCCAAUAUUUUCCCGGUUUUGUUAUUCUUACAGUUCCUUCAAUUUUAGUGUUAGGUACCAGCAUCUGUUCGGUUUAUGGCAGUCUUUAUAGAUACUGUGAAGUACCUAUAACGGACGGAAGUUAUAUAUGGACAAAGCAGUAGUUAUGAGUGUUGAUAUCAACUUAAGUAUAUUAAAUAUACAAUGGUUCAUGUUGUUAACAAUGGGGUAUCUCGCAGUUCGUUACAAAAUGUUGAGUUAUCACGUGAUAUGGAAUAGUUGUGUGAUUAUGCACAAUUAAUAAUUAUUUUAAUUAUAAUUUAAUAAUUCAUUAAUUGUGAAUGUUUUUUUAGUUUGGUCGUAAUUGUGAAAUGCUAUGGGUGAAAUCUCAUGUGUUGCCACGUGGUGAUUGUAUUGUCAUGUGAUUGGUUGUAUUAUAGUUUUCUGUCAGACAUUACUGUCAUAUCCAUCAUUUAUCGAGGCUAAAUGCAUAAUUAUCGCGAAGUUUUGCCUUUUCGUAAUGUUGCAUGAGGUCGAGUUUAAAUGAGAUGGAGUUCGAUGUAUGAAGAUGUUCCCACAGCAUCAAUUAAUAUAUGUACGGCACCAGGGCUUGGAUGGGAUCUUAGCGUUCUUAUACACACACAGCAUACAUCUAUAUCGGAUAUCUAGGAAUGGUAUUCGGUGCGUGUCAUCACUGUUUGUUUAUUGAUGACGCUGGUACGAUGAGUUUUUACUAUAUAAUGAUACGUGGGCGGCGGAUGUUGUGUGGGUUUAGCAUGAGCCAGCGGAAAAAUAUCUCGUGUUUGUCCGUUCGGUAUCACAUGUUUUACGAAUGUGUUGUGAACCGGUGCACAUACUUCUGGUUGUAGGGGGUGUUGUUAAUUGUUAAUGGUGUGAUACUUUGCGGCUGUGAGGGUGUUAACUGUUAACGAACAAACGGGUAGAAGGGGGAGUGGAUCUGCCACGUGGAGAGUGGCGCCAUUUUAUUAGCUAAGUUUUACUUUCAACGUCUAUUGGUAAGUUGUUUAUUGGUGUAAGCCGGAGCGUGUAGGUCAAAGUCCUAUUUUGCAGAACUAGCAACGUCUGUAAUAACCUACUAGGUACAUUUGUAUGUAACUUUGAGAUGAAUAAAUAAUAAUCUGUCGUCUCA